AUGUGGCUUUUCACAUCGCAAGUAACACCUCUUUUCACCAUCAUAUCCCCCUCCCCUCACCAUCAUUUUCCUUCCUCCCUUGCUCACACACAUUACCCCCUCUUCUCCCCCACGUGUCCCCCCCUUCUCCCUCUCAUUUCCCCCCCUUCGACCCCUCAUUACCUACCUGUCUCCCCCUACUACCCCCCUUUCUCCCCCCCAUUUAUCCCCCUUCUCCCUCUCCUCCCCCCCCCCCCCCGCCUUCCCCUACUCAAAUCCCCCCCUUCGGUGCUCUCAUAUCCCCCUUUCUUCCCUUUCCCCUCUUCUCUCUAUCAUUCCCCUGCUUCUCCCCCUCACUUCCUCCCCCACUCCAUCAACAUUCCCCCGUUUCUCCCUCUCACCCCCCCCCCCCACCUUCCCUCAUUUUCCCCCCUUCUCCCUCUCAUUCACCCCCCUGAUCCCCUACAUUUCGCCCCAUGCUCCUUCUCACUUCCCCCAAUUCUCCCACUCAUUUUCUCUCCUUCUCGACGACAUGUCCCCCCCUUAUCCCUCUCAUUUCCCCCCCUGCCCCUUUCAUUACCCCCCGUGUUCCCCUCAUUUCCCCCCUGUCUCCCCCCUGUUUCUCCCUCUUCUCCCACUCAUUUCAACCCCUUCACCAUCUCAAGGCACGCCAAGACGAGUAGGCCGUGGUCUACCACGAGUCAGCGGCAUACUUCCCCUUCCCUGUCAAGCCAUCCCCCCAUCACUGCCCUUCCCCGACUGCCAUGUUGUUUCCCUACUGCCCUUCUAUUUCGUAUCGUCCAUUCCAUCUCCGCCGCGCGGAUUUGCGGCCCUGCUUUCCCCCUCCAUUCCCUCCGCUGUCCAAACCACGCAGGACUUGUAACGGGAAGUAUGGAUUGGUUUGCAUUGCCUGCUGCAUGCUGCGCCUUCCUGCAUCCCUUGCUCAUGAUGCGUCUGUGCUGUUUCUAUGCUGCUAUGGCAAAUGACUACCGUUCCAUCGACCCCUCCUUCUCCUGCCUGGUGUGUCCCUCCCGUGCUACCCCUUUCUGCUGGGUAUGUCUUGCUGCCUGCUGCUUUCCCAAUGUGGAUCUGCACUCGCUGCUCGGCACCUUGCCUUCCACCCCCCACCUCACUCCCAUCGGCCUUGCACGGGUGUAUCUGCACUCACUCGGCGAAGGAGGUGUGAGUGGGUCUUGCCUCGUUUCCCUCCUCUCUUCCCUCCAUCUCCCUCCUUUCUCGCUCCAUCUCAGUUCAGGAGGUGUGAGUGAGGGUGGAGAGUUGUGA